AUGGCGCGCUCGGAUGAGCAGCCCUCACCCCUGGCAGCCCGUGGCACGACUGUUGCCGGGAAGAAGGGGGCGAUGCUGAUGAAUCGCAUUGCACCGGGCAUCUCGGAGCUUUAUGUCGCCAAUGCGGAUGGCUCUAAUCCCCGGCGACUGCUGGGCAAUGAGAGCACCUUUGACUACCAUGCGCAGUGGUCUCCAGACGGCGAAUGGAUCGUCUUCACCAGCGAGCGUGCCGGAGAUGGUCAGUCGGAUCUGUACCGUGUCCGUCCCGAUGGCACCGACUUACAGCCCAUUGCCACAAGCCCUGCCGUGGAGGAUGCCGGAGCCAUCUCUCCCAAUGGCAGUCUGGUGGCCUUUGCUGGCACCCUCGGCAACUACAAGAGUAACAUCUGGAUCCAGAAUCUGGAGACUGGUGCAUUGUGGAAUGUCACCAACUCCACCGAGGUCGCAGGUGAUUACACCCUCCCCGAUGGCCACUUCCGGCCUGCGUGGUCGCCUGAUGGCGAGUGGCUGGUCUUCACAUCGGAUCGCAACACUCCGUGGCGCGGGCAUAACAACAUCAGCGGCUGGGAGCACACACAGGAACUGUCCAUCUACGCCAUCCGUCCGGACGGCACCGGCUUCCGUCGUGUGUCCAACCGCACAGGUUACUGUCAGGGCUCGCCCAAAUUCUCGCCUGAUGGCAACCGUAUCGUCUUCUAUGAACUCCCCAUGGAGCUGACCUACUAUGCGCGUGUGGCCGAAUCCGCCUUCUACGAUGUCAACACUGCCAUCGUGUCCGUUGACUUUGCCACGGGAAGUGACCGGCAGGAGCAUGCGUCGGGCGACUCUGGCGGCAUUAAACUGUUCCCUCAGUAUGUGAACAACCAGACCAUCGGUUACCUGGUCAAGAGCCUGCUCACCAAUGCCACCUACCCGGGUUCGAUCAACUACACGGCCGCACAGCCCGAAGGUAGCGUGAGUGCCGCCUACCGCAACGCCUCGCUGGUGGGCUAUCAUCGCUCGCCCGCUUGGUCCCCCGAUGGCCGCCACAUGGUCUACGAGCACGUUGAGUGGGACCCUGUCCGGCCCGUAAACAAGCCGCUGUACAGCUGGAGCAAGGACUGGGAGUACCGCUUCACCGACGUGUUCCCGCAAAUGUCCGCACAGGGCAAGGUGGUCUACACCUCACAGCAGACGGUGAACUCCUCGCUGGUGACCAUGAAUGCCGACGGCACCGGCUCGAAUGACAUCUUCGAUGGCUCUCGCUUCCCCGCCCGCGUCAACAGCUCCAACACCAACGGCACCUUCCAGGGCUCGUGGCGCGGCGAUGGCGAAGUUCUGGCCGUCGGCCUGGGUGACUGGUUCGAGUAUCGCUAUUCCAACCCUGGCUGGGUGUACCUGGUGGCCGCCAACGGCUCGUGGGCGCGAUCCAUGACCAACGGCAGCACCAACGCCGGCUUCCCCACCAUCUCGCCCGAUGGCCGCUGGCUGGUCUGGCGUGAGUUUGCCUACAGCGCCAGUGAGGAUCCCCUUCCUCUGGGUCUACGCCGCAUGGAUUUGACGACGGGUGAAGUGGUGGCUCUCAGCUCUUCCUGGGAUAACACCCCCAUGUUCGCCCCCGAUGGCUCCAACCGUAUUGUCUUCACCCGUCGCACCAGCUGGCCCAUCUCUGGACCGUUGGAUGACAACUACGAUGUCAUGACCAUGGCCGUUGACGGCAGUGAUGUGAAGCAGCUGACAACGCUGGCGUGCAACGAUGCCCACGCCGUCUGGACCCACGAGGGCAAGAUUGCCUGGGCGACGGGCUUGUUUGGCUUCCAGGAUGAAGCGACCAUCUACGACAACAAUCAGCAACCGUACCCUUUCAUCAUGCAGAUGGAGGCGGAUGGGUCGAAUUGGACAGUGCUGACGCAGAGUCGAUGGGAGGACACUAUGCCCUUGUAUAUCCCAAACGAUCUUUUGGCGUCAGCCUAAAGAAAGACAUCGACC